GUUCCCGAGCCCGUGAGCUUCCUUGCCAACAGCAGUGACGGCGAGCUUCGGUGUUUGUAGGGCUUAAGGCUCCGGAAAGUCCCUCAGCCGCCGGCCACCACCAUCGGGCACCUUUCUCUUCUUUCUCCCACCCUCCUGUUCUCCAGCCCCGCUCGCUGCUCGAGCCGGUGGCUGGAGGUCGCCUCCGGGAACCAUCAGGAUUGGCGUUUGAGCGGAGGACGCUGGGGAGCCCUUUACCCCACCCCCAGAGAGCAAAACCUCUGCAGGAGGGAAGAGGGGACGUGAGACCCGACAGGACACCUCCACUUCCUUUCCAGCCUGUGUGAGUGCAGGGGCAAGUGGGAAACCUGGAGCCAGGAUUACCAGCCCUUGACUUCGUGACCAGAGCCCUGGGGUCCGUGCGUAAAUGGCUCCACUCCCUGCCGGCAUUCGCUUCAUCAUCUCCUUCUCCCGGGACCAGUGGUAUAGAGCCUUCAUUUUUAUUUUGACAUUUUUGCUGUAUGCGAGUUUCCACUUAUCUCGAAAGCCAAUCAGCAUAGUUAAGGGUGAGCUCCACAGAUACUGUGCUCCUGUGAAUAAGGGCGAAGUCAGAGCCAGCAGCCACAGCCAAAAAGCCAGUGACAUCCCUGCUCACCAGCUCCCAGACAACGAGACGGACUGCGGCUGGGCCCCGUUUGAUCAGGACAACUACCAGCAGCUGCUCGGGGCCCUGGACUACUCCUUCCUGUGCGCGUACGCCAUCGGCAUGUACCUGAGUGGCAUAAUCGGGGAACGCCUGCCAAUUAGAUAUUACCUAACGUUCGGAAUGCUGGCCAGUGGCACCUUCACUGCCCUGUUUGGGCUGGGCUAUUUCUACAACAUCCAUAGCUUUGGCUUCUACGUGGUAACUCAGAUCGUCAACGGGCUGGUGCAGACCACCGGCUGGCCCAGCGUCGUCACCUGCCUCAGCAACUGGUUUGGAAAAGGAAGGCGAGGCUUGAUUAUGGGGGUCUGGAACUCCCACACCUCCGUGGGGAACAUCUUGGGGUCCUUGAUUGCUGGCUACUGGGUGUCCACAUGCUGGGGCCUAUCCUUCAUCGUGCCGGGGGCCAUCGUGGCAGCCAUGGGGAUCGUGUGCUUUCUCUUUCUUAUUGAACAUCCGAAGGACAUAGCCUGCUCUCCCACCCUGGUGGCGCAUCCAAAAAGCUAUGAGAACGGCAUGCACAGAUUUCGGCUGCAGAAACCAGCUUUGCCUGACGAGAAGAAGCUCCUGGACCCAGAGAUGCAGUGCUUGCUGCUGUCGGACGGGAAGCGUGCUGUCCAACAGAACCACGUGGUCCUCCUCCCGGCGGCCGACGGCGGGAGCAGCAUGGCCGCCAUCAGCUUCACGGGGGCCUUGAAGAUCCCCGGUGUGGUCGAGUUCUCCCUGUGUCUACUCUUUGCAAAGCUGGUCAGCUACACGUUCCUCUUCUGGCUCCCUCUCUACAUCACAAACGUCGAUCACCUGGACGCCCAGAAGGCAGGGGAGCUGUCCACCCUGUUUGACGUGGGCGGGAUCUUCGGUGGGAUCCUGGCCGGGGUCAUCUCGGACCGCCUGGAGAAGAGGGCCUCCACCUGCGGGUUGAUGCUGCUGCUGGCCGCCCCGACGCUCUACAUAUUCUCCACCAUCAGCAAAAUGGGUCUGGAAGCCACUGUAGCCAUGCUGCUGCUCAGCGGGGCCCUGGUCAGCGGGCCGUACGCACUGAUCACCACCGCCGUCUCCGCCGACCUGGGGACGCACAAAAGCCUGAAGGGGAACUCCCACGCCCUCGCCACUGUGACCGCCAUCAUCGACGGAACCGGGUCUGUAGGAGCGGCCCUGGGCCCUUUGCUGGCUGGGCUCAUCUCUCCGUCGGGGUGGAACAACGUGUUCUAUAUGCUGAUGCUGGCAGACGCCUGUGCCUUACUGUUCCUGAUCCGCCUCAUACACAAGGAGCUGAGCUGCCCAGGGUCAGCGACAGGGGACCAAGCUCCGCUUAAGGAACACUGACCACGCGGGUCCUGCGGAGGGAGGCUGGGCCUGCCCUCUACAAGCUGUCCUUCAAGGGAAAGUUCAAAUAAAGGAUCCUGUGUUGAAAAGAAUGACUUACUCUUGCCUUUUGCACAUGCACCUGGAAAAGACACAGAAGCCACCUUGAGAAUUCCUGGUGCUUUUUCAGAUGAGCCGUGGUGCUUGGGACAGCAGUGACGACACGCUGUCGCCAUGGCCAAGCCCCGCUCAGGCAGCAGGCGCCUGGCAG